AUGGGGGCGCCACAGCAGGCAGCCGGGGGAGAACAGCUAGCGAUCGAGCGAGCGCCCGCCCUGAUGCAGGCACUGAGGCAGCCCAGCCCGGCCCGCAGCCUGCAGCCUGCAGCCUCCGCUAAAAUCAGCCCCUCCAAAACAGCUUUGCAAGUUCAGCUGCAGGAGUCUUUUGCUUUCAGGCGCCUACGGAGCGCGGGUAGGGCACGCAUCCUGGAGUCCUCCCCAAGGCCACUGCAGUCCCCCACCGGCUCUCCAUGUGCUCCCGGGGCCGCGGAGAGCAUCUGCCCCGUGGGCCCCUAUGGGAGACAGACAGGCCGCCCCCUCCAGGGGGUGGGACUGCCCUGUGCGCAGCUGCAGCCAGCUCCUGUCCGGCCGGAGGGUUUCUGGCCACCUCCGCCUUCUCCUCCUCCCCAGCAUCCGCCGCCGCAGCUGCGGCUUUCUCCCCCCCCCCCCGAAGUUGUCCCAGGCUCGGGCUCAGGGCGCCGCUUUUCUGGGUUCUGGUUCGACCCGUCCGAGGCCUUCCCCGCGCACGCGUGUCCGUGUCCCCCGUGGCGGGCUUGGCUGCCCCGAGCACGCCGCUGCAGGCCUCCGGGGCUUGACCAUUUCCCUUCAGGCCCCCCAGCUCUCAGCGAGGCUCAGUCUCUUGCACACCCACUGCUCACCUCGUCGCGUCCCAACACGGAAGACUCAGUUGCUUUGUUCCAGAAAGAACACACACAGAAAAUGGGGCUGAUCAGAUGGCCCCUCACUGCCUCUUUUCUCUGCCAUGUCACCAGCAGCCCAGGAAUAGUAGAGUGGAAAUUUGGAGUUGCUAGAAUUGGAUCAGAAUGUAAGCUCUUUGAGAACAGGGAACCUGAGAUCUUGCCUUCUGAGUUGGGGAGAGGAGGAGCCAGCCAGGACCCUGAAGAAGUACCCAGUAUCUCUUCAGAUCCUGACCUUCCGGGACUGAAAGAUGCCAUCACAUACAAUGUUCUGCUCUGCAAUCCAGCCAGCCUCUGA